CAUUGCGCAGGCGCACCUGCUAGGCUCGGCUUGCCGGGGCGCUCCGGCCCAGCUCUCGCGGACAAGUCCCGACAUCGCGCGCCCCCCCUCCGGGACCGCCCCCUCCCCCUUCCCGGCGUCGUCGAAGAUAAACAAUAGUUGGCCGGCUAGCGCCGAGUGUGUCUCCCACCGCCGGAUUCGGCGGGCUGCGUGGGACCGGCGGGAUCUCGGCCAGCCGGCCAUGGCGGGGCUGUACUCGCUGGGAGUGAGCGUCUUCUCCGACCAGGGCGGGAGGAAGUACAUGGAGGACGUUACCCAGAUCGUGGUGGAGCCCGAGCCGGCUGCCGAAGAAAAGCCCUCGCCGCGGCGGUCGCUGGCUCAGCCGUCGCCUCCGCUGCCGUCGCCGCCGGCUCUUCCUGGCAGCGAAGUCUCGGGGAAAGGCCCAGCGGCGGCAGCCCGAGAGGCUCGCGACGCUCCGCCGGACGCCGGGGCCUCGCCGGCUCCCGGCCGCUGCUGCCGCCGCCGCUCCUCGGUGGCCUUUUUCGCCGUGUGCGACGGGCACGGCGGGCGGGAGGCGGCACAGUUUGCCCGCGAGCACUUGUGGGGUUUCAUCAAGAAGCAGAAGGGCUUCACCUCGUCGGAGCCGGCGAAGGUGUGCGCUGCCAUCCGCAAAGGCUUCCUCGCUUGUCACCUCGCCAUGUGGAAGAAACUGGCAGAAUGGCCAAAGACUAUGACAGGUCUUCCCAGCACAUCAGGGACAACUGCCAGUGUGGUCAUCAUACGGGGCCUGAAGAUGUAUGUAGCUCAUGUGGGUGACUCUGGGGUAGUUCUUGGAAUUCAGGAUGACCCGAAGGAUGAUUUUAUCAGAGCUGUGGAGGUGACACAGGACCAUAAGCCAGAACUUCCCAAGGAAAGAGAACGAAUCGAAGGACUUGGUGGGAGUGUGAUGAACAAGUCUGGGGUGAAUCGUGUAGUUUGGAAACGACCUCGGCUUUCUCACAAUGGACCUGUUAGAAGGAGCACAGUCAUUGACCAGAUUCCAUUUCUGGCAGUAGCAAGAGCACUGGGUGAUUUGUGGAGCUAUGAUUUCUUCAGUGGUGAGUUUGUGGUGUCACCUGAACCAGACACAAGUGUCCACACUCUUGACCCCCAGAAGCACAAGUAUAUUAUCUUGGGGAGUGAUGGACUUUGGAAUAUGAUUCCACCUCAAGAUGCCAUUUCAAUGUGCCAGGACCAAGAGGAGAAAAAAUACUUGAUGGGCGAGCAUGGACAGUCUUGUGCCAAAAUGCUUGUGAAUCGAGCGCUAGGCCGCUGGAGGCAGCGUAUGCUUCGAGCAGAUAAUACCAGUGCCAUAGUCAUCUGCAUCUCUCCAGGAGUGGACGGUCAGGGGAAUUUCACCAGUGAAGACGAGCUCUAUCUGAACCUGACUGAUAGUCCCUCCUACAAUAGUCAAGAAGCCUGCGUGCUGACGCCUUCCCCAUGUUCUACACCACCAGUCAAGUCACUGGAGGAGGACCCGUGGCCAAGGCUGAACUCUAAGGACCACAUACCUACUCUUGUUCGUAGUAAUGCCUUCUCAGAGAAUUAUUUAGAAGUACCAGCUGAGAUAGCUCGAGGGAAUGUCCAGGCUGCAGUCAUACCCUCAAAAGAUCCAGAGCCACUUGAAGAAAAUUGCACCAAAGCCCUGACUUUAAGAACACAUGAUUCUUUGAAUAAUAGCUUGUCAGUUGGCCUGGUGCCUACCAAUUCAACAAACGCCAUCAUGGACCAAAAAAAUUUAAAGAUGUCGACCCCAGGUCAAAUGAAAGCCCAAGAAGUUGAAAGAACCCCUCCAGCAAACUUCAAAAGGACACUAGAAGAAUCCAACUCUGGCCCUCUUAUGAAGAAGCAUAGACGAAAUGGUUUAAGUCGAAAUAGCGGUGCUCAGCCGGCAAGCCUUCCCACAACCUCACAGCGAAAGAACUCUGUUAAACUUACCAUGCGACGCAGGCUUAGGGGCCAGAAGAAAAUUGGAAAUCCUUUACUUCACCAGCACAGAAAAACUGUUUGUGUUUGCUGAAAUAUGUUUGGAAAAAAAAUUUUUUUUCCAAAUACAAGAGGGCUUUUUGCAUUUGGUGCCGAAGUUGAACUUUUUUUAAAGGGACAAAAUAAAAAUAGUAUACAGUUUGACUUUUUGGAAUUUACCAGUUUUAUCCUGGCCUGUACUUGCUUGUAUUAUAAAUGUGAAUUCUGUAGAUGUUAGGGUAUAAGCUGCUGUAAAAUGUGUGUAAAUUUGUAUCCUUCACACAGACUCAGACUCUCACUCUGAUACACAGUAAAUGUAACAACAGGGCUAAAGGUUUUUAAAAAAAAAAUGAAAAGAAUCUAUUAGAUUUUAGAAAUACAUUUAAACUUUUAAAAAUGCUUCUUAAGAAAUUUGUAUAAGUCACUUGCAAUGAAAACUACACAACUUUUUAAAGUAAAUUAUUAAGUGAACUGGAAAAGUGAUGUAUUUUCAUAGUGACCUGUGUUCCUCUUAAUGUUUCUUAGAGACAACUAGUGUCUUUUGAAAAUUAUUUUUUAUUUCUAAUUUCAUAAUCCAGAACUAAAUUUUUCAUAGAAGUGUUGAGCCAUGCAAAAGUAGCCAGAUGUUAGUCUUCUUAUCCUAAUUAAAAUGCUAUGCAGGAUCUCUUACUUCAUUCAGUAACAUUUUUUCUAAAACAUUAAUCAUCAGACUUGCUCACUAAAUCUUUGGAGUGGAAGAAGGUGCAUUUGCCUAAAAUGACACCCUUCUCGGUCAUCCCAGACCCUCAGUGGCAUUAGUAGAUCCUAAGAUAGUUACUCUCUUCUAGUGUUUGCAUAAAGUAUGUGACGUUUUUCUUGCUAUUUCAAUAACAGAUGGUGCUGCUAAUUCCCCACAUUUCUUAAAUUAUUUUAUAUAUCGUACAGUUUUCAUUGAUUAUAUGGAUACAUGUUUGUUCAUCUAAUAAAUCAGUGAACUGUUACUAACGUU